AGUUAGUCGGACGAGAAAUGCAAGAAGCCGUCCAUGUUCGCCGUCAAAAUACCGAAUCACCGCUCAAAAAAAGAAGAAAAGCAGCUCACUAAAGACCUCUAACAUGCUGCGAAGAAUAUCCUAACACACCACAAGGCUAUGGGUUAUACUUAGGAUGGCUUAAGAAGGAAGGCUUCGUAUUUGAUUUGGACGAAAAAUAUAGAAAAACUUCGGGAAAAAACAAGUUGGUUUUGACGACAGCCGAACCAUUUCGGCCUUCAGUAAUGGUGUCUCGCCGGUUGGCGAGAUAAACCACAACAAAAUGGAGAGGUCCUGCAAAAUCAUAGGAAAAAAUCAAAACAACAACCCUAGUACAGAUGAUGUAAGUGACAUGGAAAGUGGAUAUAUAAGUCCAGAAGGGGACAAUACUUUAACACCACAAAGCUUUUCAUUACCUAAUUCGUCUGGGUUUAUAAGCCCUCCACCCAAGAAUGACAUCAGAGUCAAGUUUGAAUUUCAAGGUGAAAGAAGAAUAAUUCCUGUUUCCAGACCUGUGAUACUGGCUGACCUUUUACAGAAAGUAAAAACUGCCUAUGGACAAGAAUUAUGUAUGAAUUAUAUCAAUGAAGAGAUUACAAUACCAGUUGUGACACAGUCUGACCUAGAGAAAGCUAUAGAGAUUCUUGAUAGAAGCCCUCACCUGACUAGCCUGCGGGUUUACCUAUCAUUGCCUAAUGGAGUUCUGAACAAAACUAGAACAGCUCAUUCCAGGCGAAUGAUGGUUGAAGCUCUUAUUCCAGCACCUCCCAACCCAAAGAUGGGAUCCUUGUUUGGGCGGAGCCUUGGCAGAAAAUCAAGAGCAAAGCCAACAAGCUAUGGUCUAGGUUCAAGUUUCCUUUUUACGAGGUCGCAAUCGACACCCGAUGAAAUAGCCAAUAUGGUUGAAGACACCCCUAGUACACCAACCUUAUCGUGCUAUCACCCUAUACAAUAUAUGUCAACCAAUGAUAUUCGCACCAAGGGACGCGACUCACCGCCACCUGGAUUCCAUCCUGAAUCAGCUGCAUAUGUCCCGAGAAGACCUUAUCACUUUAUAAGAAGUGAGGGAGAAUUUAUUCCAGAAACAUGUAGUUCAAGUAGUGAAAUGGUGCAAGGUCAUAUUAGGAUGUUCGAUCCUUUAUCCCACAGUGAAGUACGGGUUGUCUCUAGUCCUAGUUCAGAAGGAUCAUUGACAGGUUCAUCAUCAUCUCUCAAUGGAACAUUUUCUGUUGGCAGUGUUGGAGAAGUAUAUUCAUCAUUCUCUAGAAUGGCUAGAAGAACGCAUUCAAACAAUUCGCUAAAUUCCGGUGGCAUGUUUUCAUCAGAGGAAGACAUGCUUGAUGGCAAGGCAGAUACUUUUCCAAGGAGAAGGCAGACGUUUAGUGGCUCGAUAUCAGACAUUAGCGAUGGGCACCAAACUUUCCCAAGAUUUCAAAGCCUAACGUCUCGUAAACCUAUCCCAGCAUCCAUGCGGUCAGACAUGUCAUCCCAACAUAGUCUUGCAAGUACUAGCAGUAGCAGUAGUGGGAUGAUGGCUGAUAUAGAGGGAGGAUACCGAAGACCCAGAAGAGAAUCUGAACCUGGAUUACACUCGUCUAAUAUUAUGCCAGCUACUCAGUUUCCGAACAACUGGAGGAAAGGCAAGCUGCUAGGUGCUGGUGCGUUUGGACAAGUCUAUAUGUGCCAUGAUCUAGACACAGGACGAGAGCUGGCAGUAAAACAAAUCGAAACUGGCCUUUUAAACUCCUCUACGAAAAACGAGGUGAGGGCACUGGAAGGCGAAAUCGGGUUCAUGAAGAACUUCAGACAUGAGAGAAUAGUACAGUACUAUGGCAUGGAAACUACUGAUCUACAUAUUUAUAUCUUUAUGGAGUAUAUGCCAGGGUCAUCGGUACAUGAACAUAUUAAACAACACGGUGCGUUAAAUGAGAGUCUGGCUAGAAGGUAUACCCGACAGAUCUUGGAAGGAGUCUGUUACUUGCACUCUAACAGAAUAGUACACAGAGAUAUCAAAGGUGCGAAUAUAUUAAGGGAUCUCCAUGGCAACGUCAAACUCGCAGACUUUGGAGCUUCCAAACGAUUACAGACAAUUCGUAGCAAAACUGGUUUCCGUUCGGUGCAUGGGACGCCUUACUGGAUGGCGCCUGAAGUAAUCAAUGGAGAAGGCUAUGGUAGGAAGGCUGACGUCUGGAGUAUCGGAUGUACAGUGGUAGAGAUGUUAACUACAAAACCCCCAUGGGCCGAAUUCGAACCAAUGGCAGCAUUGUUCAAAAUAGCUACUCAAAACACGGAACCCGAUCUACCACCUGAAUCUUCACAAGAUGCGGUUGAAUUUGUGCGCAAUAUUUUUACUAAGGACUCUAAAUCCAGACCGUCUGCAGAUGACUUGUUUCAUUUCAGCUUUGUCUUUAACUCUUCUGUAUCGACCUGUUUAUAGCUAAUGGAGUAAUUCAC